AUGGGUGCGUCCAGUGAAUCCGGCGGCAGCAAGAGCAAGAGAUGCCAGGACUUCUUCAUCUGCGUCGGCAUCGCCGCCGCGGUGGCCGGUAUCGUGGUGGGAUUUACCUACAUGUUCGACUCCUUCAAGACGCCGAUCUACACCGCCACGAUCACCGACGUCUCGGGCCUUGACCCGGAGACGGACCUGCGGCAGCAGAGCCGGGGGCCGGCGGGCACGCUCAUCAGCCCGGUGUUCAACCUCACCGUCGGUGUCGCCUCGCACAGCCGGUGGGAGGGCGCGCGCAUCGGCCCCGGCACCUCCGUCAAGGUGUCCUACUCGCACCUCCGUCUCCCCAUGGCCAGCGGCCACGUGCCGGACGUGCGCGUGGGGCCCCGGGAGUCGAGGGAGCUGCCGUCCGUCGUCGCGCGCGGCCGCGACGUCGCCGUGCCGGGGUUCCUGAUGGACAGCCUCGCCGAGGAGAUGAGGAGCGGGCAGGCCAUGUUCGAGGUCGAGCUCAUCGAGAGCGAUGAGUACGGGUGGCGGGACGUGGCCAAGGGCUGGGGGAUGGUGGGGGACACCAUUAGAUUGACAUGA